AGUCAACACAGCUUUUAAUCCUGGGUGUGUUCCCGCCAACCGUGUGCAGGCUGUUCUCUCCUCUACUUUGCAGUCGUAAUUUCGUUUGCCACGCAACUAGGAUCUCAUACACAUGUUCACUGAUAUCAUAUGCAAUCCAAACUAGUGCCACACCACGGAAGGACAAACUAAUCGCGGCUUCUACGCGGCCACUAUGUCGCUAUUCGUGCCCGACCUACCUCCGGAGGGAGCGAAGACGCUAUGGGAGGACCGCUGCACCCUCGUGAGCGUGGACGACGCCCACGAUGCCUCCAGUGCGGCCAAGCUGGUGCCCAGUGUGGUGCUGCUGGGACCCGGCGCCGCCAGUGGCAGUGGCAGUUGUGGUGGGCAGCUGCCGCCCGAGCUGGCGCCGCAGCGAGUGGCCGUGUACCCGCCCGACGCCAGUUCCGCUGACGGCGCAGAGGAGACUGGCGCGGGUGGCACCAGCAGGCCUACUGCCGCCUCCUCCUCGGCUCCCGGCUCGCUGCUGGGGCGGCUGGCGGCGCCGCUGCUGGCCCCGCUGACCGGGCCCAUCAACCUGCUUUGGAGCACCUUCCUGUCUGGCUGCCAGCCCCGCGCCGCCGCGCCGCCACUGGCCUGGCACCCGCGGCAGCCCUGGCUGGCGGCGGCGGACAGCGCCGGGCGGGUGCAGGUGGUGGAGCUGCCGGCAGCUGCGCCCAGUGGCGGCGGCGGCAGGCCGGCGGCGGCGGCGGGCGGCGGGCGCAGUGAGGUGUUGGUGCUGGGGGCCGCGGAGGGUCUGGGUGGUGCAGGUGGCGGUGGCGGUGGCUGCUGCUGCCGGGCGGUGCUGGCACACGAGGCAGUGCAGCCGCAGGCUCUGAGUCUGGCCUGGUGCCCCACCUCGCCCGGCCUGCUGGCGGUGGGCAGUGUGGGAGGAGUGGCGCUGUGGGCGCUGAGUGCGGCGGGCGAGGGCCGACCGCCCGUGGCGGCGGCGGGGCGCGGGUCGGGGCCGUGGCUGCGGCACCUGCGCACACGCGUGCCGGGCGCUAGGGUGACCGGCCUGAGCUGGAGCCCCUGCGGCCGCCUGCUGGCCGCCGCCUCGCCCGGGCAGGCGGGGCUGCAGGUGUGGGAGGUGGCCAGCGGCAGCCCGGCGGCGGUGGCGGCGGGGCCGGCGGCAUUCGACUGCGUGCGCUGGAGCCCCUGCGGCAACUACGUGUUCGCGGCGGGCACUGGAAGCCGCCACUUCUACAUGUUUGAGACGCAGCGCUGGAGGUGGGCGCGCUGGCAGACAGACGGCGGCGCAGCCCUCUCCGCGCCAACCGCCGCCGCCGCCGCCACCGCCUCGGCCACCUCGCCGCCGCCGCCGCCACCCGCGUCUGUGGUGGCGGCGGCCUGGGCGCCCGCGCUGCCCGGCCGCCCGGCAGUGCUGCUGGCGGCGCUGUCGGCUCCCUCGGCUACAGCCAGUGCCGGCGGCCGUGCUACAGCCGCCGGAUCUGCUACUGCCGCCGCGGCGCCGUACCUGGUUGCUGUGCACCUGGUGGAUGCGCCGCCGGGCCUGGGGGCGCAGCUACUGCCAGUUGCGCUGCCCGACCUGCAGCGGGCGGCGGCUGUAGCAGCUGGGGCGGGGCCGGCAGCAGCAGCAGCUACUGCUGGCAGCGGCGGGGGUGCGGCAGCGGCGUCAGCAGCACCUGUGGCUGUGGCUGUUGCUGACAUGGCGUGGGAUGCGGCGGGCGAGCGGCUGGCUGUGUUGCUGGCGCCGGCGGCGGCUGGUGCGGCGGCCGGCAACAUGGCGGCUCAGCACUGUGUGGCGCUGUACGGCACCACCACUGACCCGCUGGUGUCCUGCCGACUGCUGGGCUUCGCACGCCCGCCCGCCGGCCUGUGCGCGGCGGCGGCGGCGGCGGCAGCUGCGGGACAGGACGCGGGGUCGAGCAGCCCCGCUCCCGCCCCCGCCGCCGCCCCCGCCUCACUGGUCCUGGCGCCCGGCGGGCUGUGUGUGGCGCGGCUCCGGCCCAGCGCCAGCGGCGGCAGUGCCUCAUCAGGCCCCACUGCCUCAUCAGGCCCCGCGGUGGUGGUCAGCUGCCGCGUGGGCGCCCUGGGGGUGUACAACCUGCCCUGCUAUUUCUAGGGCUGGUGCUAGUUGGUAGUUCGGAAGGCGGUACCGCAUGUGACCAAGCCCAAUCAACACGGAGGCUGCGGAGGGGGGGGUGAGCAAUGCAGGAGUGUUGGAAUGGGGUGCGGUGGUGGGCGUGAGGCAGUGUGAAGUGAGCGCGGCAAUGGGUCCAGGGGCAAUCCCACGAGGCAACCCCGCCACCCCUGCACCUCGGCACGUCAGCAUGCGGUCUGUAGGCACGUGGGCGGACUGGAGCGGUGAGGGACACAGGGGUGGUGCUCGGGGGCGGGCUAGCGGCACAGGGACAGCGAGACAGGGGGCGGCCGCCAGGGGGCCCGGUCCGGGCAGGGGCUUCUGGUCUGGUAGCAUGGGGAGGCGGUAGGUGGGCCGGCAGGCGCGUGCUACUAGAGCUUGUGAGGCGUGACAAAUGGACUUGCGGUGCCCUAGGGCCCCCGCUGUUCAUACAUACAAUGACUGCUCGGAGAGUGUUACUUGCCGCGAUUCCCACUUCCCGUC